AUGUCUGAUACUGCUUCCAAUACUGAUGUGGAAAUGGAGGAGAAGCCGGGAGUUGAGAAGGCGACGGAGAAAGAUGUUGUGAACGCCGAGAACGCCAACAAGUCGAAGGGGAGUGUGUCCGAGCCUGCUGCUGCUGGUGCCAAUGCUACUGUCAAUGUCAAUGAUGAUGAUGAAUUACCAAACAAUGGAACCUCUAUUACGACGACAAUCCAGUACGGAGCGGUCACGAUGUCCGACACCCCGCCUGCUCAACCUGAUGCCAGUCCUUCAGCUGCAGGAUCCAAGCCUGCUCCAAAGGUUGCCAAACCUGCGCCUACCAUGCCCAAGAAUGUGCCAACUGCGUCUACACCUGUUUCAACUGUAUCCAAGGGAGCAGCCAACCGAUAG